AUGUACAGACACUGGAGCGAGACGACCGACAGCGCAGCACCAAGCUACGGCUACUGCUACUGCUACAACAACGACCACAACGACGACGACGAUGACGGCUACUGCUACUGCUACGACGACUACUACUGCUACUACGACUACUACUACCACUACCACGACGACGACUACGGCUACUGCUACUGCUACUGCUACUGCUACGACUACGACUACGACUACGACUACUGCUACGACUACGACUACGGCUACGGCUACGGCUACUGCUACUGCUACUGCUACUGCUACUGCUACUGCUACUGCUACGACUACGACUACGGCUACUGCUACAACGACGACUACGACAACGACGACGGCUACGACGACGACGACGACGACUACGACUACGGCUACUGCUACAACGACGACUACGACGACGACUACGACUACGGCUACUGCUACAACGACGACUACGACGACGACUACGACUACGGCUACUGCUACAACGACGACGACGACGACGACGGCUACGACGACGACGACGACGACUACGACUACGGCUAUUGCUAA